AGUGGGAUGCCCCUCAUAUACGGUAGAGUUUUGCGUCUUGGUCUGGGUCUGACUUGACAUCAGUACUCCUGAGCCUCUGGUCUCCAGCAAGGAACCAUGGCUGAGCAUGAACUGUAUGGGAACUGGCUGUGCCCUCCACCAUCACCAGGAAAGGGACUGACAAGACGAUCAGGGACUUAUUCAUUGGCAGGGAAAGCAGAACAUAUGAGUCACUUCAGAUCAGACUCACCUGAUAGCUUUGCUGAUGAGGAGGAUUAUGAUGAUGUGUCCUUGACUGAGACAGGAAAUCACAGACCGCAGUGGGUGCCAGCUGAAGCAAACCAGGGAAGCAAAGCUGUCCCAGGGGUUUAUGUGCUAGCAGGGAAACCAGCAGCUUCAAGUCCUAUUGAGACAGCUGACCCAAUGCCUCCCUCGGCUCAAGAUAGAUGUUGCAAGGAGAAGUCCAUUGUGGUUUUAUAUAUCCUGAUGGUGGUCUGUUUUGCAAUAUGGGCAGUUUCCCUCUCCUUUGCACUGGCAAAAUACUUGGAGAUGUCGGAGGAGUUAAGGAUGCUAAACUUGAACCACUCAGAGAAAAGUAAUGCAGUGAGCAAUCUGGACGAUAUAAGACUGGAGCAACAAAGAAUCUGGAAAACCAUCAACAACCUCUAUAACGAAUUCAAAAUUACCACAGGAGUCCUUUGCAAAGGUCUCUCAAAACCUGUGAAAUGUCCAAGCAACUGGAAGAUGUUUGAGGAAAACUGCUAUUAUUUUUCAAAUCAAAGUAAGAACUGGAAAGAUGCUAAGCAGUUUUGUACUGAUAAUGGGUCUGACUUGGUUGUCGUUAACACCGAAAAUGAGCAGCUGUUUUUGAAAACGCGUGUGAACAGGAGCAGCACAUACUGGCUAGGACUAAGUGAUACUGUCAGGGAAGGAAAUUGGGUGUGGGUAGAUGGCAGCCCUAUUAUUACCAGCUUUUGGCUCGUUCCUAGAAAUACUGACAACCGUGAAGAGGAAGACUGUGCCAGCAUGCAGCCUGAUGGGAAAUGGAACGAUGUCUCAUGUUUCUUGAAUAACUACUGGAUUUGUGAAAAAUCACAGAUAUGCUGACUCACUUCUUAAACAUGUUGCUGUUGCAGGAUAAGGCACAAAACCCCUUCACUCUUCCCAACCUACCCAGUAGCCAACAGGAAUGAACUCCAGCUCCUGAGUCAAAGAUGUAGCCUCUUUUGAUUUGCAAUCGUGCUCCCAAAACCUUCCCAUUUGUCACAACAUGUAGGCAUCCAAGUGGUGGUAUUCCUACCUGAGCCUCGCUAACUAUCCUAACCUCCACCUACAAACUCAGAAUAUUUGCAUGUGUGAGGUGUAAUGGCAAGGAACAAGACAGGUAACUGUGUUUAUAUGCAAAUUGUUAUCAAUAGGCUCCAAGUGGUAGUGCCCAAUUAAAACAAUGGAAGUUUA